GGGAGUGGUUGUUAAGUGAAAAGUGAAUUUCCGUCCGAAUGAAGCUAGCAACCAGAAUGGAUGGAGUGUGGAAGCGAUUUAUGGCCAUGUUGUCGCUUCCGGAUUUACUAGUCUUGGGUUGCUUGUGGGCCAGUGGUUUCUCCUUGGGAUAUUACACAAAGUCUGCCUAUGUGUACGAUAACCUUUGGCCCCAUUGGUACGCCUUGGUGGGUGGCAUCGUAUCCUUAGCUCUGGCCUUGGGUUGGACCCUCAGGAAGCAUAAGAAACAGCAGUACAGCUACGAUCAUUACUAUAUCAUAUUCUAUGGAUUGCUCUGCUCGCUGAUGGGAAGUUGCUUCAUGCUCACCAAACAACUAGGUGUUAGCUACUACUUCAGCUUUGUGGGAUUGAGUGUCCAGUAUUUGGCAGGAUUCAGCUAUGUGAGUCUGCGAUGCGAUGCAACCGGCUCGAGGCCCUCAAGGAUUGCGUUGGCGAACUCUCUAUAUGCGGGUGGAAUGUCCACGGGAUUUUUGAUAUUCAACGAGAUGGAACCACAACGUUGCGGAUUGAUUGCCUUGGGGAUAAACCUGCUGCUACUUUGCCUGGUCUGUCUCAAUGAGCUACUGCAUCACACGGGCUGUAUUAAUUACAAAGAAUCACGGGAUUUGGUGUUUAAUCUACUUAACGAGGAGCGGAUGGUCUUUCUGCCGCGUCAAGCCAUUCUGGCCCAGUUUGUGGGAAGGACGGACUACACCCUGAAGGAUAGCAGGCAGUGGUUGGUCUUGCUCCUAGGCGGAUCGUUGGUAUAUCUCCAGAAGAGUUGCCUGCUUUACUCGCCCACCUACAUGCAGUUGAUGUGGAGCUCCACGGUGGGAUAUCUCCAGAGAACUCAACUCUUUGUACCCUUUGUACUGUACGCCGGCGGUACGAGCUUAGCAGCCCUGCUCCUGAUGCGAUAUAGCCCCAAGUUGGUGUACCUACUCUUUGGAUUCAUUCAGAUGACUUUGAUAGUGGCCCUGCUGUGCAUCUACAGUGAGGAGCAAUCGGAGCAUUGUUUCCUGUUCCUGUGCCUCAUAUACAUCACCAUGGGAGUGCUGUCAAGUCAGGGAAUACACUGGCUACUCGAGUGCUCACCCUUCCUCUACACAGAGCUGGCCUUGGCUGCAGGAUUCAUACUGCAGUUGGUCGUCCUGGAGAGUUGCAAGUAUGAAUCGUAUGCCACGGACAUUUGGUUAGCCCUGCUUGUAGGCAGUAUUGUUGCAUUGGUUCUCACCUCCCUGGCCAUUGCGGUGGUGCAGUGGCUCCAGCCAGAGUCCACCAGCUUGGUUGAUGUUAGGAACCGCCUGCUGGGCAUCCGGCGACAGCCGCAAUCACCAGAACAGGCACAGUUCUGGCACACCAACCAGUUUCUGGCCCACAACAAGCCCGCCCAUCAGCUGCAAUCCGUUCAGCUGGACAGGAGCCGGGUAUUCCAGCAGUAUCCGAUCAGUGGCAGUGACAUCAUCACCGACAAUCCCAAGGCCGACCCUAAGUUUUGAUAAU